AUGUCCAAUGGCAGCUCCUUCAAUGACUUCCUUCUCCUGGUGUUCGCAGACACGCAGGAGCUGCAGCUCCUGCACUUCUCGCUCUUCCUGGGCAUCUACCUGGCUGCCCUCCUGGGCAACGGCCUCAUCAUCACAGCUGUAGCCUGCGACCAUCAUCUUCACACCCCCAUGUACUUCUUCCUCCUCAACCUCUCCCUCCUUGACCUUGGCUCCAUCGCUGUCACUGUCCCCACAUCCAUGGCGAAUUCCCUGUGGGACACCGGGACCAUUUCCUACCUGGGAUGUGCUGCCCAGGUCUUUUUCCUUGCCUUUUUUAUUUCAGCUGAGUAUUCUCUUCUCACAGUCAUGGCCUAUGACCGCUUUGUUGCCAUCUGCAGACCCCUCCACUAUGGGACCAUCAUGGAGAGCAGAGCUUGUGUCAAAAUGGCAGCAGCUGCCUGGGCCAGUGGUUUUCUCAAUGCUCUCCUGCACACUGCGAACACAUUUUCAAUACCACUCUGCCAAAACCAUAUCCUGGACCAGUUUUUCUGUGAGAUUCCCCAGAUCCUCAGGCUCUCCUGCUCAGACUUCUACCUCAGGGAAGCUGGGGCUCUGGUGGUUAGCACCUGUUUAGUCUUUGGGUGUUUCGUUUUCAUUGUGCUGUCCUACGUGCAGAUCUUCACAGUUGUGCUGAGGAUCCCCUCUGAGCAGGGCCGGCACAAAGCCUUUUCCAUGUGCCUCCCACACCUGGCUGUGGUCUCUCUGUGUGUCAGCACUCUCUUGUUUGCCUACCUGAAGCCCCCCUCCCUCUCCUCCCCAGCUCUGGAUCUGGUGGUGGCUGUUCUGUACUCAGUGGUGCCUCCAACAGUGAAUCCUCUCAUCUACAGCAUGAGGAACAAGGAGCUCAAGGACGCACUGAAGAAAUUGAUUCAGUUUUGGCAGUGA